CCCACAUCCCAUCUCCCCACCCGGCGAACCCACCCACGCAAGCCCCAAGCAUACGCAGCGCCCGCCUCCUCCCCGCCUACCCCUCGCUCCGCUCCGAUCCCAAGGUUGGCGGCCGGCGGCAGGAUGAAGGCCAAGGCGGGCUCCCGCGCCGGCGACUCCAGGCUCGCGGUGAAGAAGAGCAAGGCCGAGAAGGACCCCAACAAGCCCAAGCGCCCCCCGAGCGCCUUCUUCGUCUUCAUGGACACCUUCAGGAAGGAGUACAAGGAGAAGCACCCCGACGUCAAGCAGGUCUCCGUGGUUGGCAAGGCCGGUGGUGAGAAGUGGAAGUCCCUGAGUGAUGCUGAGAAGGCUCCCUACGCUGCCAAGGCCGAGAAGCUCAAGGCCGAGUACACCAAGAAGAUCGACGCCUACAACAACCCACAGGCAGGAGAGGCGUCCGGCGACUCUGACAAGUCCAAGUCCGAGGUGAACGACGACGACAGCGAGGGCGACGAGUGAAGCGGCGCGCCAAGCAGCAGCAGCAGGGGGAGGGGGUCUCUGGAACGUGGCCGUUGCCGCUCAUUGCUGGCGUCACCGAUCGAUGAUGGAUGUUCGCUGUUAGUUUAGCCCCUUGGUAGUCCCUCCCUCUCUUUCAGGCUGCUGCUGCUGGUGGUGGUAGAAAUGGUAGCUCUAGUCCCAUCUAGUCGUUGUCCUGGAUCCGAGUGGUGAAGUUGCUAGUCUUGUCUUCUUUCUGUAGGGUCCUGUGCUCGGACCGCCCUCUGUUGCUUCGUUUUUAUGCAAAUAGUAAUUCAGUCUCUGUCGAAUGUACCUAGUGUCGUGCCCGUGGCUGUUUUAAGAAUCCUACCUAGAUCUCAAUAUAUAUGGUGUUGUUGAAAGGAA